GCCGGUAGGGAAACAGGGACCGAAAGAAUCCGGCAAGAGGCACUGGGGUAUUGCCUGCGGGAGGCCAUCUCUUCAAGAGGCGCACCAAGUUUGCGAUACCCAUGAGGGUACUGUGCGAUCCUGAGGAAAGAAGGGCGGUCAUAGAGGAACUCCACAACGGGGUCGUUGGGGGUCAUAGGGGGGUGAAGGGUACUUUCGAUAAGGUCCGUAGGCUUUAUUGGUGGGGCGGGCAAUACACGGAAGUGGAAAAGUAUUGUUCAACACGUGAAGCUUGCCAGAAAAGAGCAACAGUUCGAUACAAAGAGCCCUUAGUCCCAUUGCUUCUCACGGUUCCGGGUGAGAAGGUCCACGUGGAUUUGGGAACCAUGCCAAAAGGGGUCGGCGGACUUCGAUACAUAAUCAACGCCCGCGGCGAUCUCAGCGGGUUUGUGGAAGCUAAGGCCAUUAAAAAGAAAACGGCCGAAGAGGUGAGUGAUUUUCUCCUAGAGUAUGUCGCGCGGUACGGGUGUGUCGGGAAAAUAGUUAUGGAUAGGGGGGCGAAAUUCUUGAGCCAGAAGGUCAAGGUAUUACUGGAAAAGGCAGGGAUCGGGGCGGCCCAUACAAUCGCUUAUCACCCCCAAAGCAAUGCACCGGUAGAAAGGGGCCACCAGACGCUUGUGGACGCUCUAGCGAAAUGGUGCAAAGGCCGCACAGAACAGUGGUCGAGGUAUUUACGGUACGCUGUUUGGGCCGAUAACAUCACGGUCAAAUCCAGCACAGGGUACCCCCCUUACACCCUUUGGUUCGGUCGGCAUUGUCCCCUACCCAUCGAGUUCCACGUCGACACUUGGACGAGUGUCUCAUGGAAAACCAACAUGACCCGGAUUGAACUAUUGGAGGCAUUGAUCCAACAAAUAGCUGAGAAUUUGGAUACCGAGGUAACCAAGGCGGGAGAGAACAUCGAGAGAGAAAUGGUGAAAGGAAAAGAUAGGUGGGACAAAAAUCUGCGGGUCCGAAAGGCGCCGAUACGGGUUAACGACCUAGUGCUGAUGUAUGAUUCGUCACUAGAAAAGACCUGGAGCCGGAAAUUGGCGAACCAAUGGAUGGGACCGUAUAAGGUCCUAAAGAGGUUGGAUGGGGGGGCUUACAUGCUCGCGGAAUUAGAUGGGAGUAGGCUACGGGAUCCUGUCGUAGGGGCUCGUCUCAAAAUCUUCCGAUCACGAGAGACCCUUGGGGAAGAGCCGGGGCGGAAAGGAAAAGAAGCUAUUGGCACAGAGGAAGGGGGGCUUAAGAGGAGGAAGGCGCAAGGAACUGAAGGAGAGAAGGGGGCAUCCUCGCUCCCGACCAGGAGUGAAGAGAGGGGAAAGGUCACAGAGGCGAGUGGGACAGAUUUGGAGAAGGAGGGAGAGGGGAGCAAUGCAGGUGGAAUUUCCCCAGAAGACAGUGAAGAAGAGUCAGCACAAUCGUUGCAAUGGCUCAGGGAGUAUGUGAACAAGGUCAAGAGAGAGAGGGAACAUGCUUUUGACAUUCAGGCAGUGUGCCUAAAACAUGCUGAGAAAUCUCAGACGAGCGGCAAGAGAGGCAUGUUGGGAGGGGUGGGUACAUCCAACAACCAGUUUGACGCUCUCAGGAAGGUCAAAGCUGAGGAAGUGUCAGAAUACACAGCUUUCAGAUAUGCUGAGAAGAAGAGAGCAAGGGAACAAGUGGAAGCAACGACGGCCCAGGAGACCCCGCAAUCGCCCACAGGGGAAGAGGACACACGAUCGCAACAAUCAGAACAGAAGAGGCAAUCUCCCCAAGCCUUCUCACCUUUGAUAGUAAAGCUAGCAGCAACAGCUAGCUUGAAAUCAGGGAUGAAAUGGAGACCGUGGCGGACGGUGACAGCAGUGCCAUACAGUGUCCUAGCAGGGUCCUGUCUACCGGCUGAACUAACUGCAGUGUCGGUGGCCCAGCUGGUCAAAUCAGGCAUGUUGGACGGAGAUGGGGACCUAGAUACGAUGACCUUCCCAGUAGAUUGGGACAGAUUCUACAGGAGUGAGGACUCGGACAACGAUCUACGGGAUUGGCAAUCGGAUAUGGAGAAGGAUGAGGAGGUGCAAGGAAAAAUGAUGGGGGGGACGAACGAGGACAAGGAAGGAACGUCAGGUACGGAGGGCCAGGGAAUGAGCAUCGACAGAGAGGCAAGCCUAACUUUAGAGGAAGGAGGGUUGGGAGUGGACCGAAUGGGGGAGAACACGGGGGGUGAUGCACCUGCGUAGAUUCUCUUGUGAAUAAAUGAUCUCACUUCGA